UUGAGUGAAGGAAUGAAUAAUUGUAAUUACAUGAUUUUCUGAUUACAUCGCCUCCUUCAACCCAUUUCCAAACUCCUAAGAGCCUGCUGGAUUAUCAGAGGAUACAAUUAUAGCGAUUCUUUGGGAAGACAACGCAUGGUGGCGCUGCAGGCUAAGGCUUAAAUUUUUUUUAAAAAAACAAGCCCAGGAACUGCUAUGAACUCUACUUCCGAUCUAUAGCUGAAGACAAAAGCCUGCACGCAGAGUUCAGGACCGGUACAUCAUGCUACUCACCAACAUUUCCGGACAGGUAACCAACUGAGAUAUCCAUCACUGUCCCUAAGGUAGAACUGGGCCCUGUUUCUGGAAAGGAGUUUGUGGAAGUAAAGAUGGAGGCCGGAGGGGAGUGCUUUCCCAAACAAAGGCAAGUCCUGAUUUUCUUUCUCGUAUUGGGGGUGGCUCUGGCAGGCUGGGAAUCUCGUCGCUAUUCCGUGAUGGAGGAAACCGAGAGUGGCUCGUUUGUGGCCAACCUGGCCAAGGACCUGGGGCUGGGAGUGGGGGAGCUAGCAGCACGGGGAGCCCGGGUGGUCUCUGAGGAUAACGAACCCCGCUUGCAGCUCGAUCUGCAGACCGGGGAGUUGAUAUUAAAUGAGAAACUGGAUCGAGAGGAGAUGUGUGGCCCCAGAGAUCCAUGUGUAAUGCAUUUCCAAGUGUUAUUGAAAAAACCAUUGGGAGUAUUUCGAGCUGAGCUACUGGUGAGAGAUAUAAAUGAUCAUUCUCCAGAGUUUCCUGAAGGAGAAAUGACUCUGAAAAUCUCAGAAAAUAGCCCCCCCGGGACCGUGUUUCCUCUGAAAAAAGCCCAGGACUUGGAUGUGGCCAGCAACAACAUCCAGAAUUACAGUAUCAGUCCCAACUCUCAUUUCCAUGUUUCUACCCGCACCCGGGGCGAUGGUAGGAAAUACCCAGAACUGGUACUAGAUAAAGAGCUGGAUCGCGAGAAGCAGCAGCUCAGAUUAACCCUCACAGCGCUGGAUGGAGGCUCUCCACCCCGAUCUGGCACCGCCCAGGUGCGCAUCUUGGUCUUGGACAUCAAUGACAAUGCCCCUGAGUUUGCAAAGACACUCUACCAGGUGCAGGUUCCAGAGAACAGCCCUGUGGGCAUGCUAGUUAUCAAGGUCUCCGCUAGAGAUUUAGACACUGGGACAAAUGGGGAGAUAUCCUACUCCUAUUUUUAUAGUUCUCAGGAAAUAAGCACAACUUUUGAGCUAAACAACCUUUCAGGAGAAGUUCGACUAAUUAAAAAACUAGAUUUUGAAACAAGAUCUUCAUAUGAGCUGGAAAUAGAUGCGUCUGAUGGUGGGGGGCUUUCUGGAAGAUGCUCUGUCUCCAUUGAGGUGGUGGAUGUUAAUGAUAACUUCCCAGAAAUAACUAUUUCAUCACUCACCACUCCCAUUCCUGAAAAUUCCCCUGAGACAGAAGUGGCUCUGUUUAGAAUUCGAGACCGAGACUCGGGGGACAACGGAAGGAUGACUUGCUCCAUCCAGGAUGAUCUCCCCUUCCUCCUGAAACCAUCAGAAGAGAAUUUCUAUACCCUGGUAACAAAUGGGGCGCUGGACCGAGAGAGCCAGGCCGAGUACAACAUCACCAUCACCGUCACUGACCUGGGCACCCCCAGGCUGCAAACCCAGCACCACAUGACGGUGACGGUGUCCGACGUGAACGACAACGCGCCGGCCUUCAGCCACACCGCCUACACCCUGCGGGUGCGCGAGAACAACAGCCCCGGCCUGCACAUCGGCCGCGUGAGCGCCGCGGACAGAGACGCGGGCGCCAACGCGCAGGUCACCUACUCGCUGCUGCCGCCGCACGACCCGCGGCUGCCCCUGGCCUCGCUGGUGUCCCUCAACGCGGCCACCGGGCAGCUGUUCGCGCUCAGCUCCCUGGACUUCGAGGCGCUGCGCGCGUUCGAGUUCCGCGUGGGCGCGGCCGACCGCGGCUCGCCGGCGCUCAGCAGCCAGGCGCUGGUGCGCGUGCUGGUGGGGGACGCCAACGACAACGCGCCCUUCGUGCUGUACCCGCCGCAGAACGGCUCGGCGCGCUGCCCCGAGCUGGUGCCCAGGGCGGCCGAGGCGGGCUACCUGGUGACCAAGGUGGUGGCGGUGGACGGCGACUCGGGCCAGAACGCCUGGCUGGCGUACCAGCUGCUCAGGGCCACGGAGCCCGGGCUGUUCGGCGUGUGGGCGCACAACGGCGAGGUGCGCACGGCCAGGCCGCUGAGCGCGCGCGACGCCGUCCGGCACAGGCUGCUGGUGCUGGUCAAGGACAACGGCGAGCCGCCGCUGUCGGCCAGCGUCACGCUGCACGUGCUGCUGGUGGACGGCUUCUCGCAGCCCUACCUGCCGCUCCCGGCCGCGGCGGCGGCCGAGGCCCGGGCCGACCCGCUCACCGUCCACCUGGUGGUGGCCUUGGCGUCGGUGUCGUCGCUCUUGCUGGUGGCGGUGCUGGGGUUCGUGGCGGUGCGGCUGGGCAGGAGGAGCCGGGCCGCGGCGGGGGGCGGCUGCUCGCUGCCCGAGGGCCCCUUCGCGGGCCACCUGCUGGACGUCAGCGGCGCGGGGACCCUGUCGCACAGCUACCAGUACGAGGUGUGUCUGACGGGAGGAUCUGGGACCGGCGAGUUCAAAUUCUUGAAGCCUAUCUUCCCCAGUAUUCUGAGCCAGGACCUUAGGAAUAAGUCAGAGGGAAAUCCAACCUUCCGGAAUAGUAAAAAUGUGGAAAAUCUCACUGAAGAGAAAUACUAUGAACAUAAGAAAUGUGGAACAAUCUUCAAUUGUCCCUCAUCCUUUCGGCGUGUGUGAGAACUCAUAUUGAAAAUAUCUCCUUUUGACUGUAGAAGGGUAUGAAAAAGCCUUUAUUUCUUCUACAUCCUUUAUUGUACAUGUAAGAUUCACAUUGAGGUGAAGCCUUUCAAAUAUAAGAAAUAUAGGAAAACCUUCACUUAUUCCUGAAAGCUUACUCUACAAGUGAGGAAACAUAUCAAAAAGGAUCUCUAUACAUAUAAAUGUGGGAAAGGCUACAGUUUCCCCUCUCCCUUUAGUAACCAUAAGCACUGGAGACAGGCCUUAUAAUUGUAAACAAUGUGACAAAUCCUUUCACUUUUCAUAUUUUACUGUACAUGUGAUCAUGCACACUGGAAGAGAAACACUGUGGAUAUAUGAAAUGCAGUAACUUCUGCUUUCUCAUCUCUUAGGUAAUGAGAACUCAUACUAGAGAGAAGUCAUAUUGAUAUCUGGAGUGUAAGAAAGUCUUAACUUGUAUCUAAUUCCUUCAAAGGCUUGUGAAAAUUCACAUUGGAGAGAAAGCAUACAAGUGUAAGAAAUGUGGGAAAAUGUAUUUCCUAACACUUCAGUGCUUAUUUGAUAACAUACACACUGAAGAGGAACCAUAUAAAUUUAAAGAAUGUGGAAAAGCUUUCACAUCUUUCUCAAUCUUUUGUCAGGUAGUGAGAACUCAUACUGUGAUAUAGGCCUGUGAGGAAUGUGGAAAAUCCUUUAGUUUACCUUCAUGCUUCAAAGACAUGGGAAAAGUCACAUUGGAGAGAAACCCAAUGAAUGUAAUCAAUGUGGGAAAGCCUUCAGGUGCAUCGAAUCUUUUAUUAUGCAUAAGGAAAUUCACACUGGAGGAGAAAUCUUUAAAAUGUUGUAAAUAUGGAAUUGCUUUAUCAGUGUCUCAUCUUGGAAGUGAUUCCUAGCUCAUAAUUUCUACUUUGUAUUUUCUUUUUUUUUUUUAAAGAUUUUAUUUAUUUAUUUGACAGAAAGAGACACAGCGAGAGCAGGAACACAAGCAGGGGGAGUGGGAGAGGGAGAAGCAGGCUUCCCGCCGAGCAGGGAGCCUGAUGUGGGACUCGAUCCCAGGACCCUGGGAUCAUGACCUGAGCCGAAGGCAGACGCUUAACGACUGAGCCACCUAGGCGCCCCUCUACUUUGUAUUUUCUAAUAUAAGCCUUUAUGAUAUAACCGUUGCUCCCAAUGUCCUUAUAGCUGUAUCAUACAAUUCUGAUAGUUAUUAUCAUUAUGGUUCAUUAAUAUGUAUUGUAUCAUUUCCGUUGUGAAGUCUCCUUAGACUUAAGUAAAGUGUUUUUUAGUAUAUAAGUGUAUUUGAAAUUAGUUUUGUUACUGUUUCUAAUUAAUUCCCAUUCCCAUAUGUAAUGCAUGUGGUCACUGUGAUAUUGACUUUGGUACUUGUUGGGAUAAGUUAUUGAUCUUUACUAUUGAGAGAUCUGCAGCAUUUUUAUAGCUAAUGUAGUAUACAACCAGUUGUUUUGGUCAAUAAGUAGUCGAUGUAAGUAAAAAAUGUGCAAAAAGGAUGGUUUCAUUAGACUUGGUAAUUUCAUCUUUUGUGCUUUGGUCCUCCAAGUUGGACACAAUACUUCAAGUUGAAGAGAGAGCCCUUGCAACCAUGAGAGUGAAAGCUAGGUGUAAUGAUGAUUGUGCUGGAUUGUGUUAAAUGAGACUUAGAACCACAUUUUCCAGACUCUUCUCUGCUAUACGGUUGGACAAGAGGAACUUGCAUGAGAUUUGGAAUGCAAAAUGAAGAAGAAGCCAUUAACCUCAAAAGGAUGUGGAAGUAGCAGAUUGACAGAUCUAAAACUAUCCAGGAGUUCCAAACUUCAAGCUUGACUUCCUAACUAUUGGCUUUGUUGAACAUCAGCCCUGAGCCAAUCACUAAGCACAUAACUUCAAUUCCCUCAGAGGUGGCAGCUUCCACAAACAUCUCCAUGAGCUCACCCUUCAUAGUCCUACUUUGGUGGCUAGAUGUGCACAGCUGUUUGAAUUUCCUACGCAGUAAAACCUGCCAAUUCUCACUGCUGUUUCAGGUUAUCAUGAUUAGAGACUUUUUCCAAUCCUCUGAUUCCUUCUUCUGUGAAAAGUGUAAUUUCUGUAGUGAGCACAUAGUUCAAAAACAAUAUAAACAAAUGAGUAACUUUGUUCCCCUUUUGCAUUGUUAAGUGGCUACUCGAUCCCUGUACUGCCUGUUUCUGAACUCUUGAGAAAUAAACACCUUGCUAAUUUGUGGGUCAUGUGAGAAUUUUAUGUCACUCAAAACUGAAUAAAAUCCUAAAUGAUAAACAUGUAUGUGUUAAGUUAAAAACAAUCAAUCAAUGUAAUUCAUCAUAUUAACAACA